UGUUUACUUUUUCAUAAAUGCUAUGUUCAACUGAAACAUCUUUCCAUCUCCAUCCUCCAGUUUUCUUUCCCCCUAAACACUACAAUGUUUGAAUUCUUUUCUGGGUUGUGGUCUUCUUCCUGUAGCAAGGAAAGAGAGAAUUUUUGGCUCACCAUAUCAGUGUCUGCAAUUUUAAUAUUGUGGUUCUGUUCGAAUCUCAGGAAAUCAAAGAAGAGGAUUCCACCGUUGCCACCGGGUCCUCGUGGCUUGCCAGUAGUUGGUUACCUUCCAUUUCUUGACACUGAACUUCACAAGCAGUUCACAGAAUUAGCUGGGGUCUAUGGUCCAAUCUACAAGCUUUGGCUGGGGAAGAAAUUAUGUGUAGUGGUGAGCUCAAACUCAGCAGCCAAAGAAGUACUGCGCGACCAAGAUGCGAUAGUCGGCAACCGUGAUCCCCCCGUCGUCGCACAGAUCAUCUCGUACGGUGUAUUGGAUAUUGCCUGGUCCUCCUUGGGUCCUGCAUGGAAAAAGAUGCGCAAGAUAUUUGCACGUGAAAUGUUAAGCAACUCAAACCUUGAGACCCUAUCUUCUCUUAGAAAACAAGAGGUUAAGAAAACAGUUAGGAAUACUUAUAACAAUACAGGCAAGCCCGUAGAUAUUGGAGAAUUAGCAUUUCUAGUAAGCAUAAACACAAUGACAAACAUGCUGUGGGGUAGCAUACAUGAAGGAGAUGACACCCAUAAUGAUGGAAAACAAUUCAAAAAAUUAAUGGCCGGACUCAUGGUGCUGUUGGGAAAGCCAAAUAUUUCCGAUUUCUUUCCAAUGCUUGCAGCAUUAGAUUUGCAAGGCAUGCAGAAGCAAGCAAGGAAGUUCGUGCAAAGUUUCGACAAUUUUAUCAAUCCGAUAAUAGAGAGGGGUCAAAAAUUGGUCGAAGCCAACCAAGGCAGGACUACUGCAGAAAAGGAUAAGCAAAGGAAGGACUUCUUGAUUCUCCUUUUGGAGCUUAAGGAGCAGCAUGAGAAUACAGAAACAUCAUUUAGCAUGAAUGAAAUUAAGAGCUUGCUCACUGAUGUUGUGGUCGGCGGAUCAGAUACAACGUCAACAGUGGUAGAAUGGGUAUUUGCAGAGUUGAUGCACAAUCAAGAAAUGAUGGAAAAGGUCCACCAAGAAUUAGAUGAAGUUGUGGGGUUGAAUAACUGUGUGGAAGAAUUCCACUUGCCUAGACUAAGUUACUUGGAUGCUGUAGUGAAGGAAACACUUCGGUUGCAUCCACCGCUUCCUCUUCUGGUACCCCGACGUCCAAGCCAAUCAUGCAGCAUAGGUGGAUACACCAUUCCCAAGGGCAGUGCAAUUUUUCUAAAUGUUUAUGCUAUUCACAGGGAUCCUAAUCUUUGGGAUAAUCCUUUGGAAUUUAGACCCGAGAGGUUUUUGAACGAGGACAGUACCACCAAAUUUGAUUACUCGGGCAACAAUUUCCAGUUUUUUCCAUUUGGAUCAGGAAGACGAAUUUGCGCAGGGCUGCCACUAGCAGAGAAGAUGCUGAUGUAUCAAUUGGCUUCAUUGUUGCACUCAUUUGAGUGGAAGUUGCCAAAUAACACGAAGCUAGAACUAUCUGACAAGUAUGGGAUUGUUGUAAAGGUACUGAAACCUGUGGUUGUUAUACCAACACCCAGGCUGUCCAAUUUAGACAUGUACUAGCUGCAAGACUACAAAGCAUGCAACCGCUUUGCCUUUGUGAACUGUGAUAAAAUAAAUUGGUGGUGAUGAUGAUUAUGCUA